UGACAUCGCUCAUGUGACACUAUUCUAAGCACCAAAAUGGCCUCCCUUCAAUUGAGUGGCUAUACUAUGCAAUGUGAGUUUGUUGAGAGUGUGAAGGAUUACGAAUGCCCCCUGUGUCUGCAUGUGACCCGAGAGCCCAGCCUUACCAGCUGUUGUGGACAACAUUUCUGUCAAGCUUGCAUCCAAACAAUACUCACUGACAACAAACCUUGCCCUUUUUGUAAAGAGAACAGUUUCACGACACUUUUAGACAAGAAGCAACAAAGAAGAGUUCUCGAUCUCAAGGUCUACUGCGAUAACAAAGCUAAUGAUUGUGACUGGGUGGGUGGUUUGGGAGAGCUAGAACAACACCUUGGUGAGAAUUGCCAAUUAGUUUUUGUGGAUUGCCAAUACAACUGUGGCGAAGCUAUUGAAAGGAGAUUUCUAUCGAAGCACACAACUAACGAUUGUCCCAAGAGACCACACAGUUGUAACUACUGCCUGAUAGAGGGAACGUAUCAAGAGAUCCAAGAUGACCACCUCCCAGUGUGCUCAAAGUACCUGGUGGAGUGCCCCAACGAGUGUAGAGUGGCUCUCCUAGAGAGAGGUCAACUGGAGAGGCACCUGAGAGAGUGUCCUCUGGCAAUGGUCGAGUGUGAACUGAAGGAGCUGGGCUGUGAGGAGGUGGUCCAACGGAAGGACGCGGACAAACACAUGGAGCAAGCUGCUCAGAAACACUUGAGGUUAUCGACUAGCUACUUUAUCAAGAAUCAGAAGAGGCAAGACGAAAAAAUUGCUAAUUUACAAGAAGAUAUAAACGCUAAGCUACGAGAAAAGAAUGAAGAAUUAAUAAUUAUUGACAACUUACGACAAAGGUAUGGAAAACUAGAAGAAGAGCUUGAAUCCAAAUCUAAAGAGCUGUUAGAUUUAUCCAGUCAGAUAGACACUCUCACACAACACGUGGGCGUUAGCGUUACUAAUGUGACUGUCGACUAUAUAAAAGAAAAGGUGAAGGUUAAAAGAUGGAUAAACAGUUAUGAUUUCCGUACUGUUCCAACAGGAUACAUCAUGAAGGUUAAUUUAUACUUUACAUACGAAUCAGGCAGGAUUGAGUUUGAGCUCACCCCAGUGAACACCAGAGCAAACGUCAACCUCAAGUGGCCAAAAACCUUCACAAUGACAGUCACUAUGCUCAAUCAGACCGGUGAUCAUAGCCACUAUCAGAUUACCAAAGAUUUGGAAGUUACAAGGGGCGACUAUAACGAUCAACUUCGAAUAGACUAUGACUCUAUAGAUUACCCACCUCUUGGAGUGCGGUACAUUGUUAAUGGUCACAUCAAGUUCAAAAUAAUUGCGAGCGAAAAAAUUAUAGUUUGACUACGUAUAUAUAAUACAUUUAUUUAUAGGCACUAUAAUAAUUAUAGCUAUAGGAACAAUAAUGUGUUGCUGCUUUGUUAUUAAUUUUAACAAUGGACAUUAUUUUUAUGUAAAUUAAAUUAUAACG